AUGGCACGCGACCAGGAGCUCAUCUCCCUUUCCUCGUUUGGCAAGGACCUCCUGGCCAGCGGCCUCUUUACAUCUCUGGACGCACCAAACUUCGCCGACAAAGACAUCAAAACCCCAGCUCGCAGGAACCUUGAGGUUGCCCCGGGGGAAAUAUCUCCACCGCAGCUGGCCAGUCCGGCCAAAUAUAUAGACCUGCCGAAUUUUUCGGGUGAGACGUACGGAUUGGAAGACUCUCCUGAAACUCCCGAGCAGCUCAUCAUUGGAGGUGCUGAGGUUCAAAACGUGUCACUUGUUAUGGUAGACAAGCACGGUGCUUACCAUGACUUCAAGGUGAUGCCUAUCCCCGUUUCUGGGGCUAAGAGCGGUACGGGGUCUCUUCUUGUUGCCCCGGUCGGAGAAUCGAAGCAGAUAGCUGCUCAGCCGAUGCUUUUGCUACCAGCCCAGACGGAUUCUGAUCUCUCGUUUUCCGAUGAUAGCAAGGUUUUGCCGCUGGGAGAACUGGAGAAAGCAAUGAAGGAGUCUAAGGGGGAGGUCGGUGUGGCGGCUGUUAAUGCCAUGGUUCUCAGUGGAGAGAUCGAGAACUUCUUUGGCGUCGAGGGGGUUACAGGCAAGCUGUACUGUUACAAGAGUGAUGAGGAGGUGAAUGACGAACAGGGAGAAAAACCAAUCAAUGAAAAAGUUAUGCUUCAAGACAUGGAAUCGCCCCUAGGAAUCUUCUUCCCCGAGAUCGAAAACAAGACGAUCAAAGCUUUGCCCCUCAAGAACCUGGAGUUUACUUUUAGCAACACGAAAAAAGAGAUUCUGCUUCCGGAGGGACUCCGUCUGCAAGGUGACCUGGAGUUGAAGGAUGGACUGCAGUGGAUUUCCGAUGGUUUGAAGAAUGUUUUUGACAGUGAAAAGGCCACAGAGCUACCCUCGAAGAUACGGGUCAGUGCCCUUUUGUCCAAGGAGAGAGACUGGACAAAGAAGCCCAAGAUUGAGGGUAUCGUUCUUCAGGCCUUUCUCCAUGAGAUGAAGCUACCCGCAUGGGACUUUUUGGAAUUUCAAACGGCAGGUAUUGAGCUGUCUGCUAGGAAGGAAACCGCGAAAAGUGACAUCGAGGAGGAUCCGGAGGAAGACAAUAAAGAGGGCGUUGACAAGAGAACAGAAGAGGAGGGAGACGGUAAGUCAAGGGAAAUAAUAGUCAAUAAAGACAAGGCCUCGAAUGCCCCCACGAUGAAGGAUGAUGCCACGGAGGAGAAGCACGAAAAAGAAGAGAAGGAGAGCAAGGAGAAAAAAAAUGGAAGAUACUGGAUUCGUAUGGGAGACUGGAAAGAGGAGAAGGAAGAGGAAGAGGAAGAAGUCGAGGACGAUGACAAGGACAAGAAAUUAGAGAAGCAAGACGGCGGAGAGGGUAAGGAAACUCACGAAGCAGACGAAAAGAACGGUGGAAAAGAGGGCCAGCCCGCAGAAAGAGGAAGGCAAUAUGAAGUAUUGAUCGCGGUCAGCGAAUGGAAGGAUUUCUGCGCCAUUUCGAAUCUUGAUAUGAAAGAAGCCCAGCUGCACGCAUUCUUUAAACCUGGCGAAUUCCGGAAGUCUUGCACCUUGUCUGUCACUGGAUCCCUCGAGUUUGCCCAAGGGUGUCUUGACAAGGAUGACGAGGAAGAGGAGGUAGAGAAAAAAGGGGAGGAAAAGAAGGAAGACGACAAGUCGAAGAAUGCGACUCUAACAAUCGAGGGGGUUCUAUCCAGACAGGACUACCAUUUUGAUGCCAAGGUGGGAAAUCUGAAGCUCGAUUCAAUCUUGAAGAUGUAUGCUCAGAUUACCGGCGCUGAACCAUCGAAGGAAGCCAAAGAACAUGACUUAGUCUUCGAAGAACUGCAUUUGAAUAUUAGCCGCAAGCUGAAGAGCAAGGAAAAGGCAAUAGAAGACGAGAAGGAAGCAAAAAAGGAAGAAGACGAGGAACAGCCUUCCACUUCCUUGGAGCUCUCCGGCAAAGUCAGCUUCAAUGAUUGCAAGAGUGUUCACGGUUUGAUCAAAAUUGACCCUACCUCAGGCCUCACUAUCCAUGGCGGAGUUGAGGAUUACGAGAUCAAGGAUGCUGGUGUUAUUAUUAAAGAAGCCAGUAUUGAUAUCUUCAUUGGAGCAAAACCCGACAAGUCCCAGGACAACUCCAAGAACACCAGGCCGAAACUCGAGGCAGAUAGGAAAUCCGGAAAGGAAGCUGGCGAGGACAAAGUGGAGGUCUUCAACCGAGCAAGCAAAUUUGCCAUCAAAGGCAGGGUUAAUUUCAGUGGCAUAACUGUGACGGUUGCCUUUAUGACUGAGCGCAAUGAAACCAACGCCAAGUCGGAGAAGUCGUCUGAGCGGGAAUGGGUCUUGUUUGGUAUCUACGAAGAGAGCUUGCACCUAGGAAAGAUGUGCGAUAUUAUGGAAGGCCCCAUGGCUGACCUCGAACUGAAAAAUGUUGCUCUCAUCGCGGCAUCCGGCGAGAACAAGACAAUCGAGGCGUUGAACACGCUUAAGUAUCCUGUACGAAAGGGAAUCUCGCUAUGUGCGACUAUCCCACCUCUGCCUGAGCUGAACAAUUUCGCCAAGCAGAAGGUGGACGGACUGGUUCUCGUUGCAACGAUAGAAAAGAAGAAGCUGGAGCUCGGCGUCCAGUUGCCCACGGCGUUUGAUGUCACUAUUACCGAUAGCGCUAAACUGUGUGAGAUUGGAAUUGGCAUUGAAAUCAGCAAGACUCCCAGCUUGAUGGUCAUGGGCACGUUGAACAUCGUAAUGGACGUAGAUCAGGAUCCUCUGCUCCUCGAGGGCAUGGUGAAAGCUGGCCUGCUCAGUUCAUCUGCUUCGAUUGCCACCAAGUCGCCGUGGGUGAAUCCAUUGAACAUCAGCAAACAUGUUAAAAUCGCCGACUUCAGAGUCGAGAUCGAAAUUACCUAUGCCACGGUCAUGGAGCUUGGACCAUCCAAACUGGGCCUAGCUGGAGAUAUCGAGGUAGGAGAGCUUACUGCUGGAGCCGCCAUGCAGAUCAGCCACCACCCUGGUGAGCAGGUUAUAUCGGCCAAUAUCUCCAAGGUCGAUCUCAUCGAAAUCAUCCGUGUUGCUGGCCAGGUCGCCGAAAUCCAAGCCUUGCAGGAUAUCCGUGGUGGCGAGGAUACGUUUGUUUUUACCGAUGCCAACAUGUAUUUCUCCACCGGGGGAACCAUAGCCGGGAGAGAGUACCCACAGGGUAUAUCAGCCGGUGGGAAGCUGACAGCGUUUGGGAAGACGGCCCAGUUUGACCUAAGCAUCGGCAAGGCUGGUCUGGAUUUCCAAGGGCAUAUCGAUAAUUUCAGUCUCGGGCCCUUGAUCGUCUCAUCUGCCAGUGGAGAUCCCCGCGCAAAGAUGGUCGUGGUGAUGGCUAAAGACAAACAAGUGAUCCAAGUGGACGGAAAGGUAAGAUGCUUUGGAAUUGGGCUUGCCACCUUAGUCGACAUCCAAAUAGGAACCGAAACCCCGUCCUUUGCUGCGCAUAUUGACGUGGCGUUUACCGAGGCAUUUAUAAUCAGUCUACAGGCGACGGUGGAGGACUUUAAGGAGGUCAAGAAUCUAGCAACAAAGGACUUAUACUUCCAAGCCCAGAUCAAAGGUGAUCUAUUUGACAUGAUCUGUGAAAGUAUCAAGAGCCUGCUCCGGACGCUUGAGGAGCUGGGUAUCCAGGGUAUUGAAUCUCUUCAGAGCCUUAUUGGAGCGCAGAUUGCCGAAAAGCAGGCCGAAAUGGACCUAGAGAAGAAGAAACUGGACGAGGCACGGCAAGAGGUAGACGACCGGCGAAAGGAGCGCCAACGAAAUAUGAAAAGGGAAAAAGAUAAACGCGACGAGGCAAAGAGAGAAAUCGAACGGCUGCAGGACAAGGUGACCAAGGCCAAGCAAGACAAGGCUCAGGCUGAAAAUGAACUGAAGGAAAAAGUCGAAAAGCUUAAACUCGAAAAGGAAUCCCUUAUCCAAAGCAAGAGAAAGGAGUAUAAUGACAAGCUCGAGAAGGCCAAGGAAGCUGAAGCAAACAAUCAGAGGGAGCUAGAACGACUGAGGCAACGACAGAGAGAUAAAUACGGCACCGAUUUCCUCAAAAAAGUGCAGCUUGCCCAAGGAGCCUAUUAUGAAAAAAAGAAGAUGGUAUCAGAUGCGUGGGACGCUGUUGUGUGGCUUCAAUGGAAGUAUGACCACACAAGCUUCCCUGAGGACGCAUAUUGGGGCGUGAGGCUCGUGGCAGCCAAAGGUGUUCUUGAGGCAGCCAAGGUUGCAGCAGACGUAUACUACAAAGCUGCCCAGGCGCUUGACGACAUUGCUAAUUCUGACGCCUUUCAAUCCAUCGUCACAGCCAUUGAAGAUACAGAAAAAGCGGUAGAACGCGCGGCAAACGGAGUUGACAAACUUCUCAGCGGAGGUGGUGUUGAUGGAUUUCUUAGAUCCUUUAUCGACACGGAAGAAGCCAAGAUCGAAGCAGCUAUAAAAGCUCUCCAGGCAAUGCAGAAUGAGAACAACGAGUAUCAAAGGGCUAUUCGGGAAGCGCAGCACAUUCUUGACCAGAAGGCACCCGACCUAGAAGACAAGAUCGCCCAGGCCGAUGAGAACAUCAAAUCCCUGGAAGAGGAUGCAAUGCUGGCAGAUCUUGAGCGAAAAUAUAACUAUCAGCUUGAGGUCCACAACAAAAUACACAACACCAUCCAACAAAUGCAGGCUGGACUAGAGACACUCAAGGAGAACUGGCAAAAGGGGAUGCACGCGUUGGAGGACGUGGUCAAUGAGAUCCAAAAGAAAAUCAACGCCAUCUUUCACAUUGAGAGAAUCGAGGUGGGAAUCCACACUCAUGCAUUGAUCGACGACAAACCCCUAGUCUUCAAAUUCUAUGGCACGGUGGCCAACAGGCAUUUUGCAAUCGAGGCACAAUGGGCGCCAGGAAAUGAUCUCAGCCGUUUGUAUAAGGGAGUCACUAAUGAAAUUCUGAAGCUCGCCGUGUGA